AUGUCAAUACCUUUUAAGCCUUUACCGGCCUCCCAGCAGAUUGUCGAAGAUACAGCAAAAGUAAUGGAUCGUACCUGGGAAGUUAUACAACAGAAAACUUUUACUAAAUGGUUUAACAGUAAAUUGGCUAUAAAAGAUAUCCCUCCCAUAGAAGAUUUGUAUCGAGAUGUUUCAGAUGGUGUACGUCUAAUAGAGCUUUUGGAAAUUAUUGGUGAUUUGUCUUUUGGCAGAUAUAAUAAAAAACCAAAGUUACGUAUUCAAAAAGUUGAAAAUGUAAAUAAAGCUUUAGAAUUUAUUAAACAUCGUGGUGUCCCACUAACAAAUAUUGGUGCUGAAGAUAUUGUUGAUACAAAUAUUAAACUUAUUCUUGGCAUGAUAUGGACAAUUAUUUUAAGAUUCACUAUUGCUGAUAUUAGUGAAGAAGGUCUGACUGCCAAAGAAGGAUUAUUACUUUGGUGUCAAAGAAAGACAGCUCCUUAUGCUGAAGUUGAUACAGAUCGUCAUAGCAAUACUUCAUUGGCAUUUGAAGUCGCCGCAAAAUAUCUUGAUAUUCCUAAAUUAUUAGACGUUGAAGAUGUAUGUGAUAUUCAAAAACCUGAUGAAAGAUCCAUUAUGACAUAUGUGGCACUUUAUUUUCAUGCUUUUUCUCAUUUAGAUAAAAUAGAAACUGCCGGAAGAAGAGUGGCGAAGUUUGCAGAAGUUAUGCAGUCUGUAUGGGACAUGGAACAUGACUAUGAGAGGCGUGUUAAAAACUUGAUGAAAAGUGUCAAGGAUAAGAUAAAUACUUGGGCAAAUCCACAUUUUGAUGGGAGUUAUUCUGAUGCAAAAAGUCAAUCUACAGCAUUUAAUCAAUACAAAUAUACUGAAAAAAGAUCUUGGGUGGCUGAAAAAAGUGAAUUGGACACAUUGCUUGGCAACAUUCAAACAAAACUUAAUACAUACCAACUACAACCUUAUAAAGCACCUGAUGGAUUGACUUUAUCUGAUCUGGAUAAAGUAUGGCAAAGUUUGUUAUUAGCAGAAACCAAACGAUAUAAAUCUAUUCAUAAUAAAUUAAAAGAUAUUAAAGAAAACUUGAGAAAAUCAUUUGCUCAGUCAGCAAAUGACUUUCAGAAAAAUUUGGAAUCUAUUUCUUAUUCUUUGGUUGAAUUAGACGGUGAAUUAGAGAUUCAACUUAGUACAGUUAAAGCAAUUUCAGCUAAAUUAGGUCCUUUGGAAAAAUCUCUUGGUCAAAUACAAGAAAUUGAUGCAAGAUGUCAAGAAGCUAAUAUUGAAGAAAAUGAUUACACAGUUUUUUCUGUAGAUGAUUUGAAAUUUGAAUUAGGUCUUGUACAACAGGCUGUCACAAAAAAAAUUUCUUUUAUUGAAAAUCAAAUUGUGUCUAGAAAUAUGACAAAUUUGACACCAGCACAACUAGAAGAGUUUGAAAGUACUUUUCGUCACUUUGAUAAAGAUUCAUCAAAUACACUUAAUCUUUAUGAAUUCAAAGCAGCAUUGGCUAGUUUAGGUAUUUUCUACAAUGAGGAAGAAUUAUUUUCAGCAUUUAAUCAAAUGUGUGAAGGAGAACCAGAAGCAACAUUUGAACAAUUUAUUCUAUAUAUGGUCAGUUUCACAGAAGACAAAACAACGCCAGAUCAACUUAGAAGUUCAUUUAAAGCUGUUGCAAGUGAUAAACCUUUUGUUACAGAACUUGAUUUGAAAAGAUCAUUAUUAUCAACGAAUGUUGUAUCAUAUCUUAAGGAAACAAUGCCACAAAGGGAUGAUGUUGCUGAUGGUUAUGAUUAUGAGAAAUAUUUAGAUAAAGUUUUUGGAUAUUAA